AACGCCCUCUAUCCGGAAGUUUUGGUUUUACUAAAAAUUUUCAGACGGAUAGGAUGUACUAGUAAUUUUUCAUGUUUUGAAGAAAUCGUAAAUGUCCUGACACCAGAUUUCCUGUUAAAUUAGCAGAUAUUUAUCAAAUGAUGACAGUUCAAAUAGUUUGACAAAUGUGAGAGAGUAAUGUUGUGGACCGUGUAGAACAUUAGGGGAGGUUUGACCAUGUAUUCUGAGUGGUCCUCCCUCCAGGAUGAGAUUCAGUGUGACAAAGCAAACCAGAGCGUCCUCCACAAAUUCCCAGCUUCAGUCGGUACCACUGUCGCUACCUCGGUGGUGAAACACAUUGUAACCAGCCUCAGCAUCGCUGCCAACAACCAUGAACCCUGUCAGCUUGAUUCUGACAAGGAGGUCAAAUGGACCAUGGAAGUGCUGUGUUAUGGCCUGAGUCUUCCACUGACAGAGUUGGACACCAUUAAGGAGUGUGUCAAUGUGUACUGUAUCUGGCUCUCAGCCUGUAUGCCCCCCUCCCCUCACCAGGAGUCCGUCCCCCAGCCCCUCAAGGAUGACCCUGAUCCCUACAUACAGGACAUGAUUCACCAUCUCCUUAAUCUAUUUGUACCUCGACCAGGGUCAGAUGUUGACAGUGUAAGGAAGCAAGCAGUCUUCUGUCACCGCGUUCUGAGACAAAUCCAGGCCAUCGCUAAGGAAUCCACCAUGUUGUCUAGGGAAUCAUGGGAAACAUUGCUGAAGUUCCUGUUGGCAGCCAAUGACAGCUUAUUGUCACCACCGUUAGAAAAAGAUGAUAUCGGUGACCAGCUGUGUGAGCGAGUCCUCAGUGUCCUAUUUGAGAUCUGGCUCCUGGCCUGUCACAAAUGUUUCCCCUCCCCCUCCCUCUGGAAGACAUUCCGCGCCAUGUGUAUCAGCUGGAGGCACCACGAGUCCCUGGUGGUGCAGUGGCAUAAAGUAAACCACGCCCUGACCUCUCACGUACUGGGCUUCACCCAGGGGCCGGACUACCCCAAACUCACACUCACUGAUGAGGAGGCCCUCCUGAUACCCUCUGCCAUGACCUACGACUGUAUCGCUCAGUGCUGGUUCAGAUUUCUCCACAUCAUCCAAAAUCCUGUAGACAUGUGUCGCCCUGAGAUCAUCGGGAAAACCCACAAAUUCAUGCAGGCCGCCAUGAACAGCGACACGUUGAUAGAUCCUACGCAGCACGAGUGUCUACAGAAACUGCCGAUUAUUUUCUACAAGGCCAUGAAAGGCGUAUCUGUGAUGGUCAAUGCCUUCCUAGGUAUUCCCCAGACCCAGAACAGGUAUGAGGAUCAGGUGGUGUCCACCAGUAGCAGUAAACUGAACAUCCCGUCCACACCCCCGGGUCAGAGGAAGUCCGGCCGACCCAUAUCUGUAUUCAGCUCGUCAAACAAAGGAAGCUCAAAAGCAGCCAACACCUCAGUGACUGCGCCGAAGUCCUCGACCCCGAUGCUGUCCAGCCUGAUCUUCUACGAGCCCCGGCAGUCCUUGGCCCCCACGCGCCCCAGGUGUGACAGUAUUCUUCAUCUGUUUGGGGCCUGGUUGUUUGACGCAGCUCUAGCCAGGGUCAAAUUUCACAACUGCCACAAAAUAGUGCCAGAACAAGGUUCUAUCCACUCUGAGCGGCGGUCCAGUUCUCUGACAGACUCACGUAGGAAUUCCGUGUCGUUAGACUUCCACUCAGACUCUAUUAUGGUGUGCGACAACACGUACGAGAAUGGGCGUGCUGAGGCCCUGGGGACACUCUGUAGAAUCUUCUGUGCACAUAAAACAGGGGAGAGCAUCCUGCCAGUGUACUACUCUAGAUUCUAUCUAGCCAUGUAUUAUGGUCUACAGACCUCAGAAGAGUAUAUGAGUGGACAAGUGCUAGCCAGUGUUCUUUUUAAUAGCUGUGAUAUUUUACGAGUGGACUUAGAUGGAGUGCAGAUAUUACUCCCACACAUAUUGGAUGCUAUUCAGUUAGUGCUUAAUGAUCUCCCUAAUAAAUACAAGUUGAAUGACACCAGUAGUUCAAUAGACUUUAAGAAUGUAGAUCUACAGAGGGCCUGUAUUAACCUGCUGUUGACCACCCUCUGUCUACCCCUCCACUUCAAAGACCUCACCAUCAGAGAUAUUGUAUCCAGCACAGACACUGAGGUACAGCUCAUUACCUUUAUAUCUCUGAAGAGGAAGAUCCUGGACAUGAUUAUAGGGGCUCUAAAGACCACGACAGACUCCACCAACACACAGAUGUUACUGGGAGGUUUGAUGUUACUGGUGGAGGACAUGGCCGUUUGUGAGGCAGCAGAGCAAACAACUUUUCAGCCGCACGAGAUCAGUGUGGACUCCGACAAUCCUGUCUUCUCAGACAACAGUCAGGCGAGCCUGAAGACUUCGUCCUCAGAGUCCAGUUUUAAGGAGGGAUCGUAUCACAGACUGGGAAACUCAGCGCAUGACAUAGAUUCAGCAUACGGUUUGUUUGGUGAAGCCGUGGCCUUGAUAUGUCACCGCCUGAUGUCCCAAUGGAAAUCAGACCUUAACAGCGCCCUGGCGGCCAUGGAGAUCUUGUCUGGUCUGGCUAAACUGGUGAUCAGCCCCCCCAAUCUGAUGAUGUGUAAGUGUACGGUGAAGUGGAUCUGUGAGUUUAUUGUCCAGCAGUGUAAUCGCCCUGCCCCGGCCCACUCUAAGGACCUCCACAGUACGAUAGUCGCCGCCUUCCGAUGCCUCACACUGUGGCUGGUGGAACACAGUCGGCUGCUGUAUGACAAGGAGUGCCUCCAUGUUGUCUUAGAAGUCGUAGAGCUCGGAAUCUCAGGGUCCAAGUCACAGAAACCCGAAAUUCAGACUGUGCAAUUAAAAGAAACAAAAUUUCCCCCAUCAGUUCAGAACCGAGCAAGUGACCCACCAAAAUUUAAACAGGACAAACAGAGACAACCAGCAUCCAAACGAGUCCAAGAGGCCGCAGAAGGGUUACUGACCUGUAUCAUACAACACGUGGGUGCAUUCCCCCCUCCCUGUGGCCCCGAGUCCCUGUUUUCGCUGCUGGAUGAGAAAUCUCUGUUGAAGUACGCCAAAGGAAACAGUAGUCUCCCUGAGCAUGGGUCACCGUUCAGAUAUUACGUCCUGGAAAACUCCAUCAUUGUGGGACUGCUGGAACAACCUCUAGGAAAUAUAGAGGACCCCUUACCCACAGUGACUGCCCUGAUUAGGGGACCCUUUGGUCGACAUGCCUGGGUCAUGCAGCUUAGACACUCCCCCAGGGUCAAGAGAGGAUCGUCUAAGUCCCAUUUGGUUGACCCAGGACGACCUCUUCCUGUUGAGAAUGUUGGGACCCGUCACAAUGUCAAACCUCGUCACUUCCCGGAAUCCGUUGACUUGGUGACCCUGACCAAAGCAGACAAGAGCAUUCCUAGUCUGGAGUCACUGGUGACUGAUGAGAAACGUCCCGAGCUUAACAAACUCAAGUCCUUUAUGGAGAAGCAGGCUCAGUAUGAGGCUCAGAUUAGUCAGAAAAAACAGCAGGAGAUGCAGAAAAUGUCCUUCCCCAACCGAGACACGGAAUGUAAACCUCCAAAGAUUACGGAGGAGUUUCAGGCAGCCCGUCUCUUUCUGUCUCACUAUGGGUUCUUGUCACUAGAUGCUCUCAAGGAACAAAGCAAUACCAGCCUUCCUCCAUCUUUGGUUACCUUGGAUACCACAAACCCCGGCCUUGCCAAUGACCUUGAGAUGCUGGAUACAAUUGUGGCCCGUGACAAUGACACGGUUCAUGUGUUUUAUGUCAAGUCAGGCCAGCGAGUGGCUCGAGAUAUUUUACGCAAUGUGGGAUCACAACACACCAUUCAGAUCCAGUUCCUGGAGUUUCUACACUCUCUGGGUUGGCCUGUGGAUGUCAAGAAACAUGCGGGGUGGACCGGUCACAUUAGUACCAGCUGGAAAAUCUCACAACCUGAAGAUAUCCAGGACAAUGCCCCUCCAGUGGGUACUGGUGGCAGUAUCUAUGACGGGCAGCAGCAGGUCCUGUACUGGGCGGACGUGUCCUCAGAAGUAGCUUUUGUUGUUCCCUCCCUCGACACAUUCAACAGGCUGCAGAACGACGGAGACAAGUCACCUCAGAUCACUCUCAAUAUAAAUGGAGAUGUAACUAAGCCCACUACCCUGUCCCUGGAGAGACAGCUGGGGGAGCCCCGCAGUAAAGGAACUGACAGUCCUAACUCCCCUCAUGAUGCCCCGACCUUCCGCGCACGUAGAUUCGGACGAUCCUCUACAGUCACCAUUGGACCCGAUACGAAAAUCUUUGUUGUUUGGCUGGAAAACUUUGAGGACCAUGAAAAUUUCCCUACAGGAGAUUUGCUGCCUAUGACCAGCACUGGACUAGAACAGUACUCAGCCACCAGCAGUUCUUCUAUGAGACAAGAUAAGGAUAUCUUCAUCAUCUUUAUCCACGCUCUACAAAACGGACUGUUCCGCAUCCAUAUGGAAGGGAACACUGGAAGAAUCUCCAUGGCGAUCCCUCUAGUGGACGGUAUGGUGGUCAGCAGGAGGACACUGGGUUCUAUGGUCAGGCAAACAGCCAUCAACAUCGGGCGCCGAAAACGGCUGGAGAGUGACUCGUAUCAGCCUCCCCAUGUUAGGAGGAAAAUCAAAAUCCAGGAGACAGUUGAGAAAUAUCAUCUGAAGAUGACCGAGUCGGAGUUCUACACUGCUCUGUUCCAGGAUGUCCACAAGUGACAGACACCUGAGAGCAGAAAAUUUACCGAGGGCCAAGUACAAGUGUGAUGUCUCUUUUGUGAUUCUUUUACUGAUGUCAAUAUGUAGUCUGUGAAUAUUGUCACUUAAUGACUAACAUUGUCAACAUGUUGAUUGAAAAUGUUAAUGGACUAGUCAAUGCAAAAGAUUAAGAUUUUUAUUUAAAUUGAUAUUUAAGGUGCUAUUUGUGUUGCAUGUGAUAUAAUAAAAAUUGAUGUGGAAUACACUCUUUUAAGCAUACAUGUGCUGUAAAUGAAUUCAUUUUUUACUCCAUAUUUUGUUAAUUGUGUGACAUUUUUUCAUUCCUAUUUUUUUUUUCAGAAAUUAAGUGCACCAGAAUACAAUAAUAGUAUAUGCUGUUAUAGUGAUGCAUUUACACUAACCUAGAGGAAUAAAAUCUUAAGUACCCAUGUAAAGACUAGUAAAAAAUGUUUUUUCCUCUUAAUUUUUUUUUUUUUUUUGUUUUUAUUUAUUUUUUUUUGAAAUGCAUAUUUCUGCCUGAUUGAAUCACAAUUUUUUUCUGCAUUUUAAUUUCUGUUGUUUUCUAUCAUUCAGAAUUUAUUCAUGAAACAUGUUAAAAGUUUGGUUAAGACUUGACUUUCACCUCUGUCUAUUAUUACAUCUAGUACACUUUCAAGUGCAAAGUUUGUGAAUAAAUUUACACACAUUAUAAGAGAUCUGUAGAAAAGGUGUAAUUUAUGAAAGUUUUAUGUUGGAAAAAGUCGUGUAUGCAAAUAUUUGAAUACUUGUAUUUAUUUAUAUUCAUAUCAUAAUUUAUCAUUAUUCAACAUAUGAAAUUUAAAUUGUGUGCAAUAACUGACAAUGUAAUUCUUUUAUGUUGUUUUUCAAUAAAUGAUGUAUUAAAGUACAUGUACCAUUU